CUAUGAUUCAUGUGCCACUUACCCCGCUACCCAGCUCUCAUUGGCUGGCCCAUACCACGUGGGGUACUUCGUUUUCAUUAUGGGGAGGGACUUGAGCUACUCCGGACGGUGGUGCUAGAGUGUGGAAAUUAUUUACUCACAGUCCGCUCAAAAUUAAUGAUCAUGAGUUCGUUUUUGAUGAACGCCGCGCCGUACGCGGAUCCUAAAUUUCCCCCAGCAGACGAAUUUUCCCAUCACAGUUACAUUCCUCAGCCGCAACGCGUGGAGUUUUACCGGCAAAAUGCUUCACAACAGUCUUUUGGAUUUCAGACAACAAACAGCCACCAUCCGCACCAUCAGCAUACCCAUAACCAGCAUCCCGCCGCCGAGUACGAAGACAGCAAGUACAGGUCCGGCCAGAACUAUGGCUGCCCCAGUCCUAUGGCAUCCCCACAGUCACAGAGUCACCCCAGCGGCGGUCAUCCUCAGUCACAGGCCACCCAGCCUCGGGGCCACGGCACUCUCAACGGAUACAGCCACUCUCCGAUAAGUAGUCACAGUCACCCUCGGGAUCAAUCUUCAGCUGUACCCUCGGAGGGUCGUUCUCGUCAGCCUGUACAUCCCACAUGUGCCCAGACGAACGGCAAUGGUCCCGUUAUUUACCCAUGGAUGAGGAAAAGUCAUUCUAAUAGUAACAGCACUUCAGCAAACAAUGGAAGUUUAAUAUCAGAACCAAAGAGAGUGAGAACAGCAUAUACACGUCACCAGGUGUUGGAGUUAGAAAAAGAAUUCCAUUUUAAUAGGUACUUAACCAGAAAACGGCGAAUUGAAAUCGCACAUUCACUCUGUUUAUCUGAAAGGCAAAUAAAAAUAUGGUUUCAAAACAGACGGAUGAAGUGGAAAAAGGAACACAAACUGCCUAACACGAAAACUCGACUCAGCGAAAAUUCCUCGGACGGUUACAUAGGUAUUCACGAUGACGAUCUCAGCAAUUCCCCGCCCCCAGGAGCAACUCUGUCCAGGGACAUCAUCACAACGUCAGCAGGGCUCACCAAAUUAUAAAACUCCACCUUCCGGAAGCGUCUGGAUUUGAUACUAAAACAAUCUCCAGCCCAAAUGUCUGAUGAUUUGACUAAUCGCCUGAAGGCUUCGUAAACCAAAGUACUAUGGGCAACUUUUGUUUCAUGUUUUGCGAAAUAGCACUCGCGAUGAGAAAUGCAUCGUGCCCAUCGAGAAAUUGUUGUUUAAUACGUGGACUCCAGAAACACAGAUGUGUGUGUUUUAUGCGAGGAAGCUGCUGUUCGUGUCGCCCACAUGUCCCGAAUAGUGCCGCUUCUGUCUGCUGAUGGCACGGGAUAUAGACUGAAGAACAACGCCCUCAUCCUGAAGUCUCCAGGGGGGCGAUGUUUAAACCUUGUCCCUGAGCUUGCUGUCUUGCCAGUACCUGGGACUGUAAAUAUUUCAAUGUAAAGGACAGUGAGGUAUUUAUUUGCCCUAUUCUCAAGGUAAUAGACCAGCGACAAAACAGGCGACAAAUAAGUAACACCUUUGUCGUGCUUUAGCGUGUGGAUGUUAUCUUCACACAAGUGUCAUUUGUCAGAUGUGUUUUCAGUGUUCAGCAUUGUGCUGUCCUCUUGUAUGCUCGCUUAUAGUUGCCAACAUAGAUCCGGUUUACAUGUACUUGUCAGGUAAAAACAAAAACACAAAUCAAUUAAGGCAUGUGAACCUGUAGCAAAUGUGAAGUUUGUUUCUUCUAAUAACAACGUGGAUAUAUUUUCUUCUCAACAAUUAAGUUAAGGAAAUUCUUGUUUUACAUGUCAGAGGGAUAUUUGUUUCAAAACCAUACUUCUAACUUCUAUCUUGCCGGCAGCUUCCCAUAUGAUGUGCAAAUGCCGACUCUCAAGUUUGUGCUGUGAAAUAUUAAUUUGCCAGACAGAUCACAUUUAUCGGUCAUAUUACCCCAGGCAGGAUAAAGAAGAAUCUCUAUGGGAUGCACUAAAACAAAGAAUGCUUCUUUUUGUAUUAAACCCAGAAACCUAAAGACGAUCUGGUUUGACUCUAACUGUCGAGCCUUCACGACAGGGAAAUACUUACUCCACUUAGAUGCAUGUCACAGAGCUAUAAAAUCUCAACCGCCUUUCUGUUUUUUGUUUGACGUCUUUCCUUUCUAAACCUAUUCGGUUUUUAGCAAAAUGCCAACUUAGCUGUCAGAUAUAUAUAUGGGAUGUUUUUCUUCUCUGUAUAAUUUCUGGUACAUCUGUACCUUAUGGGCUUUACGAUAAAUAUAUGCUUAACCAUCAGGAAGGAAUUAGGGAUAGCGUAUUGCACUUUAACCAUAGAACCAUAAAUGGUACAUUGUACCUAUGUAAGUAAAGCAUAAGUACUUUCAGGCCUUCAGGUGUAACUCUUGGAUUUGAGAGGCAAAAAGUUUUUAAAUUUUCAUUCCUAUAAUAUGAUAACAUGACACGAAUGUCAAGCAGGAAAUUCACUGAAAAUUUUUACAAUAGUUUUAAAGAAUUUGGUAUCACAUUAUGAAUCAGUUAAUCCGCACGGUUGAGACGUAUGUCUGUCCACCUUAGUUUACCUUCCGCAGGGACAUUAUGUAGGAACAGUAGCGUAUACUGAAAGGUCAAAAAGUUCAAGCCUAGAAUAUGUAACUAUGUUGUAAGAUAUACAAGUCGCUGACAACCAGGGGUGUCAAACAUGGUGUAAUUGAGAUUUUAAUGAAAAAUUGUUAAUUUAUCUAUGUACAAAUCAGACAUGUGUCUAGAAUUUUGCAUUUGAUUAGAGUUGACAAAGAGACGUGGAUAUUGUUUUUAGGUAGAACACAUAUGCAAUAAUUAGGGUAUAUUUAUCCCAGGUGAGAAGUGUGUAAGCCGCAGGACAGGUGUGCUGCCAACGACCCUAUACGCAAUACACAUGCUCUACGUUACCUGGCAUUUAUAAUCAUAUCCGAAACAAUGCUGACACAUUUAGUCGCAUUAAAAAAUAUGUUUUUUUUUAUCUGGCAUAUUGUACCUGUCAGUUCGCCAGGAAUUAUUUUACGGGCUAAUCUGUCAGCUAUGCCCUGUGAAAUCGUCUUGACGUCAUCUGUGACAGGCCUCUAGGCGUUAAUUAACAUCAGUGAAACUUAAUGUUUUUCAAUGCCCGUUUUAACGGUAUUAUAUAAGUUUAUGGUGGGUGACCAUGUCACCUAGUUUUUACAGACGUCGGUAUAUCUUUGUAAACCUUUGCGCAGUUCACAAAAGCCUCUGCAGUUGUAUUUUAGAACGCUCUUCAUGACUACAUGACUCCCCUAGCGCGUGUUAUAUUUGCGUUUUACAUACUGAUACUUUUUUCCUGUAUCUGUCAAACCCAGUAAAUUGUAUUAUAUUUAAUCAUAUCGUAAUUCCUUGCCAGAAGUCAUGAUUCAGUAUUCGGCUUUACAUACACAAGGUCACCAUGUACCUACAGCAUUACACAUCGCCACACAACACGCAACUACAUAUAUUUAACCUGAACACGCAGCAAUCGUGUCAUUAUGAUGUUCACUUCUAAGUUAAUAUAUUAUUUCAGUAAAUCGUUUCUAUAUUAAUGUAUGAUUGUGUGUUUGAAGGUUCUUCCUCGAUCGCGUGUGAUGAGAGAUUUAGUAACUUGUGUGUUAGUGUGAGUUUGAAAGAGAAUGUUUGAGGCUUAUUCGAGGUUAUCUGGAUGGAUUUAAGUGAGUCUUUCUGCCCACGUAAUAUCUACCAUUGUCGACUGGAGUGUUAUGUAGCUUAUUUGUCUCAACCAAUUCGUUUGAUCUCACAUUUACCAUAUCUUGUAUACAGUAGAAAAACAAUCCAUUGUCAAAACCAUCUUGUUUUUGAAGUGUUAGUUGUAUUUUAUGAACUGUACCGAUGGAAAAGGGUAACUAUAUUGAAUUCAAUCUUAUGCACUAUGACGUGCCUGGAAUUUUGGAAACAACAUGCCUUUUUAAAUACCAUAAAUUUCAUUUUUAUAUUAAGGAAAAUCAUCAUUUCAUCAACGAGUUGCCUGAAGUUGUAAAGUGUUUUUUUUUUCUUCUUAUUUCCUGGCACUGUGAAGUUAUUAAUUUAAAUUAUAAAAUAGGACAGAAAACAAUUUAUAUUGAUAAAUAAAUCCAGGUCAAACCACCCACAUAGACUCACCCUCUGUUUAGCUUGGUGUAAAAUUUUUCUUCCCAGUUGGCAGCUCGGACCCCUUUUCCGUCAGCGAACGCAAUUUGAGUUCUCUUGGAAUGUGACUGCUAAAAAUUUAAACUGUUUCCAGGGAACUGGCACUUCAGCUGUUUUAUGCGAGAGCUGCUAACUUUAUACAUGUUAAGGGGCUCUAACUUCCUUUCAUAUGAGAGACCGUGGCUUAGGUUAUAGACCUCUAGGUCAAUGUUAACGCUAAGCUAGAUAUAAACUGUUUAUUUGAUCGUGAUGAUGUUUGGUGAAUUCAUUUUCACGCCAAUUACCUUUUUCUCUCACAGGAUGUCAUUUUUUUUUAUCUUAGAAAUGGCGUCUUUACAAACGCACGCCCCGCUUUUAAAAACAGAAGUACACGAAUACGGCUUCCACUCGAUUGAUGUUUAAACUAAAUGUUCUCAUACAGAGUAUAAUAAAUGAGACAGGGUUUUGUAUUGCAUGGAUAUUAAGUUGCCAUUUUCUUUUUUUCCUCGUCUAGUGACUAGGAAUAUUGUAAACAAUUUUCUGGUUAACAGAUGGUUUGUUUUCUGUUUGCCACACGUUUUACAGGGUCUGUCGUAGAGUUAUUCUUGAUUUUUUUCCAUAUGUUUAGCCGGGUAACACGGUCUUUGUUAAACUGUUUUGUUAUGUCUUUUAACGCCAAUAAGCCUCAAACACAUGUUUAUUUUCUCGACAUUUAUCGUGUCAAAUAUUCAGUGUGUUAUCUUGUCCUUUUUUUCUGUUUUACUGUUUACUGCUGGGUUUCUAGAUAAAAGUGCUUGGGAUAUAAACUAACGGUUAGUGUCUUGCUUUCCCGAACUUGUUUGCCAGAUAAUGUAUUUUCUUGGCCACCAAAUUGGUGUAAGUCUACUUUAGACACCUCUUUCCAUUGUAGUAUAUGCUCUAUCCAAGAAUUUAGAUAACAGUAUCUUUGUGAUCGAUUUAUAUUUUUACUUUUGUUAUUUUUUCUUUGAACAGGGUCUGAAUUUUUUCAUGUGUUUUGCUGAAGUAAUUGUAUCAGAAAUGUAGUAAUAAUAUAGUUCUAGAAGCUGUUAACCUCUUCAUAUUGUGAAUUAUUAGAUGAAAAAUAAGAAGAGUCGCACUGGUUGUCAUUUGUCACUUACGUCUCCUUCAAACCACUCUUGAUUUUUUUCUGUUUUCUUUAUUUUCCCCCUAAUAUGCGCAUCUUGCUCAAUGAAGUGAACGUCUGUCAUUAUACCGUAUGAUUUGGGGAAGCAACAUAUGAUGUGUUUGCUAAUGAUGAAUAAAAUGUUUUGUUUAUAUAAUUCAUAUCUGCACCGUUCUGAUUCUUUCACGGUAAUCAGUAUCUGUUACAAAGGAAACGGAGGUCCCAUGAAUACGAGGAUGUCUGACUUAAAAUCAGACUUGCCUUCUUUACCUCAAGACAGUUUAGGCCUACUGUGCAAAAAUUGUGACUUAGCUUAAUAAGUUUCAGUUCUAAGAAAAGAGAUGUAUAAGAGACCCGUGACAAAACUAAAAAAAAAACAGCCUUUAUGUUCAAACCUAAGUUGUGAAAUAAGACGUGGUGUUAAGACUGCGUUUGGCUUAAGUCUAAGUCAGCUUCGUUUUC